UAUCUAAUUUCUAAUUAUACUUAUUAAUGCAACAUCUUCAUAUGCUCCGCGACAAUGACGUAAAAAAAGCGCGAGAAAUUCAACGAGACAGAGAAGCCUUUUCCCUUCUUCAUCUAACCCUUGGCCCAGUUGGCACCGCGAUUACACAAAAACGCCCGAUUGGCAACGUAGUUGGCGGACGCAGUCUGCGACAAGACGCAGUCGUGUCGUCGCCAUUCCCGCAAACGUCCGCGUCACUCUCUUCUUUUUCGUCGUUUUACUUUCGUCGUACUCUUAUAUUUAUACAGUUCUACGGAUUACCUAAUGAAUGUGAAGUUAGUUAUUCUCGGCGAAAAUUCGACGGAGGCUCUAAAUACGCGUUUAGUUGGGCUGAACUAGAUAGUUUCCCGUUGUACAAUUCUCCCAGUAAACAGUAUCGGGAUGUUUGGCACAUUCCAUGCUUCAAAUGUAGAAGAUAAUAUAAGUUGAUCGAAUAUCAAGAUGUUUCUCACGACGUGACAACGAGCUUUAAGUUCGUCACUUCGAUUCGAUUGAUUUCAAUAAGCAGCUAUUGCCUCCCUUCAAGAAAACCUUUAAUAAUGAUUUUGGCAACACAUUUCUGCUCGUGAUAGCACGAAUAUCCACUUGGCACAUGUCCCAGGACUUGUUCCCCGAGACAGGUGUCGAUUUUUAAUUUAACCACAUUUAUCCGAGGAUUAUCAGGUAAAUGAAAAUUACACCGAAUGACUAUAAGAGUGUUCACAGGUCUCCAUUUUAAAGUUGAAUUCCGAAAAUAAUCGAUCGCGGC